UGGCCCGUUGCGAGCCGCUGAUGUUCCGCGACUUCCCCAUCGCGCUGCACCUCGCAAUACGCUCAACGUGCACCAGAUCAAGAGAUCAACGGACCAGUGCCAAGCAGCCGUGUUCAUUAGUGACCUAGACCUACGUCAUCUUCAGCAUCCGACAAAACGGAGUGUUGCGCUUUGGUGGUUUCUGGCUACUUCCUGGGGGCACGUCAUCGUCCGGAGUACCCACUGAGGUGUUCCCUUGGGUCGAUCUACAUGACCUCCGUUCUCAUCAACUUCCCUCCUCCAUAUCCACUAGGCAUCAGCGUCCCGACUGGUCCACCAUCGUCACGCCUAAAGAAUCCCAACCCAUCCUGGUAGUCCUUUUGGGUCACGAGUCGUCUACGACGCUCUGCACAUUUUGGAGAUGACUCGACGCCGAUCUGGAUCUUACACUGGCAACGUGUCGCUCAAGUUAUCCUCGGGCGUCACGCGUCGCACCUGAAGACCUGGUAUACGGUCGUGCCAGUGGGUGGACGCCGCACUCUUGCGGCUACGAGACUUUGAGGAAUCUUAUUGUGCCCAGGAUAGCAACAUCCCGGAAGACAGUUAUCGGCGAUGAUAAAUUAACGUGGAUCCAUUUGCUCCCCAGAGCAAACAGUUAUCCCAAGUGUUUCUAAGCUGCGUCUAUGAACUCAGUGCUUCUUGUCAUCUUUGUCGUCUGGCAAACCGGUAGCGCGCGUUAAAUAGACGUUGACUUCAGCACGUCAUGGAUACGUUCCUGAUACUUGGCAUAUGCUUUCUCUGUUACGAGAUGUGCGACCUGAUCAGACGUUACUCGGCGCCUCAAUCGCCGACGGAUAUACAAAACGUUGGAUCCUCAGCACCACCGUCUCCCAGGGUCUACUCGAUCUCUCGCAAGGUCCAGAACUCCACCGCCUUCUGUUCUCAAUAGACUGUCAUAGGCAGCACCUGCUACUUCUUAAUCCGUUAUUCACGCCUGGCUGAACUUUAACCUCCUACGCCGUCUCGACCUGGAGCUCUCGAACGGAUGUAUCAGUGAUCGAUGUGUUUCCGCUUGGCACCUCGAAUUUCUCUUCUUCCUUCUAUAGUCGCGUUCUUCGACAGACGGUGGAGGAUCUAUCUAUUUUACAGGACUUCAGUAACGUCAACCCCAAGUCACCUGCUGGACCUUCUACAUUGUCUAUGCUCAACUUUCAUCAGACAAAUUAGCCUUGUGAAUCCUUCUUGUGCUUUGACUCCGUUUAUAAACUGUGAUCGUCAUCCGUACCGCUGUUAGUGCUAACUUCUCAUUGUGUUUUUCGUGAAAGGAUCUUAUCGAUGAGCUGAUCAACGAUGAGUUUGACUGAUCUUGUCGGCAGUGCAUCUUGAACGGUGUCAUUUAUUGCGAGGUUACGAAAGUUCUUGGAUCAAGUGCCAGUGCACUUUUGGCUCCGUUAAAACGUACUUUAUUAAUAAGACAAUAAAGGUGUUGUAGCUGUGUAGCAUAUCUGGGAUAUAUUUACUGGCAGACCUUACGAGUUUCUAUGUUCCGACGUAUCGACUGAGCUUACUUGUUCCAAAGUGUAUUAGAAUAUUUAACAGGCUGGAGGAUGCGUUUCCAUUAACCAAAGUGGAUAUGCCCCAAGACGUAUUAGCCAAAUCGAAAUGGUGAUCUUGCUGUAUAUAUUUCACUGUGGACCAGAGCACUAGGAUAUACCGGAUACGUCAUUGCCAAUAUGUGCGUGUUCGCCGGUCAAAACAAACAGUGCCAAAUAUCGUGAUACAGUGCUUCAAUUUCAGCUGAUUCUACAACGGCCGUGUGUGCAUAACUCAAUGUAGCUCAGAACGGUUCCACAUAGAUUGCUCAAGGCGCCACUUGGAAGACUACGAAUAGUAGCGGCAUCCUGAUACGAAAUCAACGUCUACUCGUCUACGAUGUAAUUUCUUAGCUCAUGAAAUCCUGUCGAGUCCAAGAUUCGAUGCUUCUACAAAAGGAUAAUUCGAGUUUCAGUCAGAAGUGAAAAAUCAAAUUAUCCAUUUAACCGGCCUUAAGUACAGUUGUCAGUAAGAUUCGCAUCUUUCAAGACAGGCUCAUUUACAUUGUCUGAUGUUGAUGUUCAAGUAACAUUAGCGGUUCGUGUUGAAUUCGAAGUGCGUCGUUCUGACGGUGUUGCCAACUCUACGGAGUGCUAAUCAAACCACUUGACGCAGGUGUCCGGGUGAUGCGGUCGUGUACCGAGGACGAACAGGUACCUGACUAACCGUCAGAGCAAGAGAGUCCUGGUUUACGUAAAUCAGAUAGAUAGGGGGAAGAUAAGGAAAAAUUGAAAGAAAAGUUAAUCGCAAGAAGUAAAUAGGAAAGUGAAAAAGAGAAUUGUUCAACAUCCCCUCUGACGUCACCUUCCUGGCCAGUGUCUCUCUUUACCGUAGUAAUGCGGCUCGCCGAGAGCAAAUCACCUGGAGGUAUUUCAAAUGCGCGCACAUUGUGACCCUUGUCCGACGAGGUUAAAUAUCGAAAAAGGAUCAACGAAGCCAGAGAGAUGGACUCGCUGGAGCGUCUAAUGAGCGCCGCUCCGCACCAUCCAGCCCUGACAGCAGCUUCGCGAUCCCAGAACGCCUUCGUCCAGGCCAGCCUCUGUUCCGUUAAUGGCCGAAAAGGUCGGCACCUGACCGGGACCUUUUGCCUCACCGGAGACACCAUGGAGGGCAUCAUCCAGUGUCUCGUCUUUCUCAAGGCCUUCUCGCUCGUAGGUGGAGAAUUCGAUAUGGAAUUGAAUUUCGUGAUUCAAGAUGCCCAAAACAUCAGGCAUAUGUUGGAGCUUCUCGACCAUUGUCCACCGAAUCUUCAGGCCGAGAUAUGGAGCGUCUUCAUCGCAAUUUUGCGAAAAAGCGUGCGAAACCUGCAAGCCUGCACCGACGUCAGUCUCAUCGAGCACGUGUUGCAUCGAUUGUCGCGAGCGGAGAUCGUCGUAGCGGAUUUGUUAAUCGAUAUGCUUGGAGUUCUGGCUAGCUACAGCAUCACAGUAAAAGAAUUAAAGCUUCUGUUCGGUGCGAUGAAGGCGGUCAAAGGAAAAUGGCCACGACAUUCGGCGAAAUUGCUUAACGUACUUCGCCAAAUGCCACAACGAAACGGACCCGACGUAUUCUUCAGUUUUCCAGGCAGAAAAGGAUCGGCAAUAGUCUUACCGCCACUGGCCAAAUGGCCUUACGAGAGUGGAUUCACCUUUACGACGUGGUUUAGGCUGGAUCCCAUAAAUUCUGUCAAUAUUGAGAGAGAAAAGCCGUACCUUUAUUGCUUCAAGACCAGCAAAGGCGUUGGCUACUCGGCUCACUUCGUAGGCAAUUGCUUAGUACUCACUUCGAUGAAAGUGAAAGGCAAGGGCUUCCAGCACUGUGUCAAAUAUGAAUUUCAACCACGAAAGUGGUACAUGAUCGCCGUGGUGUAUAUAUACAAUAGGUGGACAAAGAGCGAAAUAAAAUGUCUGGUUAACGGUCAGCUUGCGUCUAGUACGGAAAUGGCGUGGUUCGUUUCCACGAACGAUCCAUUUGACAAAUGCUACAUCGGCGCCACACCUGAACUUGACGAGGAACGUGUUUUUUGUGGACAAAUGAGCGCGAUUUACUUGUUCAGCGAAGCACUGACGACACAUCAAAUUUGCGCAAUGCACAGACUGGGUCCUGGAUACAAGAGUCAAUUCCGGUUUGACAACGAGUGUUACCUGAAUCUACCUGACAAUCACAAAAGGGUGAGUGACGAGCAGGAGCACACGAGCAUGGUGGACCAAAGUAUACAGCCUGUACUAUACGACGGAAAGCUGUCCACUGCAAUUGUGUUCAUGUACAACCCUGUAGCAACGGAUUCUCAACUGUGUCUGCAGAGUGCUCCAAAAGGAAACAUCUCAUACUUCGUACACACUCCACAUGCCCUGAUGCUGCAGGAUGUUAAAGCCGUGAUAACACACUCGAUACACAGCACCCUUAAUUCGAUCGGUGGUAUUCAAGUUCUAUUUCCAUUAUUCUCGCAAUUGGAUAUGCCCUACGAUUGCAUAGCAGCUAAUGACAUCAAGCGAGAUCCCACAUUAUGUUCGAAGUUAUUAGGGUUCAUCUGCGACCUCGUCGAGAGUUCACAGACUGUUCAGCAGCACAUGGUCCAGAACAGAGGAUUUCUCGUGAUUAGUUUCAUGCUUCAAAGAGCCAGCAGGGAUCACCUCACUACUGAAGUUCUUGCCUCCUUUCUUGAGCUGACGAAACACCUGGUCACUUGUCUCAGUGCUAACAGUGAUCUUUUGCUGAAACAGUUGUUUUACUUUUCAUUCCUAACAUGGCAGCUGCUGGAUCACGUCCUCUUUAAUCCAGCUUUAUGGAUAUACACACCGGCGCCAGUUCAAACGCGGCUCUAUUCAUAUUUGGCCACAGAAUUUCUCAGUGACACUCAAAUAUACUCAAAUGUCAGAAGAGUGUCUACAGUCUUGCAAACGGUACACACACUCAAAUAUUACUACUGGGUAGCAAAUCCACGAUCAAAAAGUGGAAUCACACCAAAAGGACUAGAUGGACCGCGACCUCAGCAAAAAGAUAUUUUGACAAUACGUUCAUACAUACUGCUGUUUCUUAAGCAGCUUAUUAUGAUCGGUAAUGGCGUCAAGGAUGACGAGUUGCAGAGCAUCCUUAAUUAUUUAACAACGAUGCACGAACACGAUACUCUUCAGGAUGAGAAUUUACACGACGUGCUACAAAUGCUGAUAUCGUUGAUGUCCGAACAUCCGUCGUCGAUGGUGCCUGCUUUUGAUGCUAAACAAGGCGUAAGGACGAUCUUCAAAUUGCUGGCAGCUGAAAGUCAAUUGAUAAGACUUCAAGCUUUGAAGCUUCUUGGCUUCUUCCUUAGUCGCAGCACACACAAAAGGAAAUACGACGUCAUGAGUCCACAUAAUCUUUACACACUGCUCGCCGAGAGAAUACUGCUUAACGAAGAGACCCUGUCCCUACCGACCUACAAUGUUUUAUACGAGAUAAUGACGGAACAUAUUAGCCAACAAAUUCUUUAUACAAGACAUCCAGAACCAGAAUCCCAUUACCGUUUGGAGAAUCCAAUGAUACUCAAGGUAGUCGCCACCCUGAUACGACAAUCAAAACAGACCGAGCAGCUGUUGGAAGUGAAAAAGCUCUUUCUCUCGGAUAUGACACUGCUAUGCAAUAAUAAUCGUGAAAAUAGAAGAACGGUUCUACAAAUGUCCGUCUGGCAGGAAUGGCUAAUAGCGAUGGCGUACAUCCACCCGAAGAACACGGAGGAACAGAAAAUAUCAGAUAUGGUGUACUCGCUCUUUAGAAUGUUACUUCAUCAUGCUAUCAAGCAUGAAUAUGGCGGAUGGCGUGUAUGGGUCGAUACUUUGGCCAUUGUUCACUCCAAGGUGUCCUACGAGGAAUUCAAGCUUCAAUUUGCACAAAUGUACGAGCACUACGAACGUCAGAGAUCUGACAACAUAACCGAUCCUGAGGUGAGGCAGCAAAGACCUAUAAGUACGAUCUCAGGAUGGGAUCAGCAACAUUCCGGAAAUAAUGGCUACAGCAGACCUUCACCGUGGACAAAUCAGCAAACAAAUGAUGUGCAGCACGUAGAGAGGAAUUAUAAGGAGUUUGAUGCAUCUGAAGGAACCGAAAGACUGGAAGAAUCCUGCAGCUGCGACCUCAACUCAAUAGAUAAUACCGAGAGUGAUGGCAGCCCUGCAAUAAUGAAAUCCCGUAGCGAAACUCUGGAGACACAACAAUCCAGCGAAGCUGUUUCCCUGGACUCAAGAUUAAGCGACAAGCCCGAGACUCCAACGACAGCGCGUGAAAAUAAUACAGACACGCCGACCAUACUGGAAGAAGCCAACAGCGAGGCCAUGUCACUGCCUACGACGCACGAGACUAGCGAGGUCAUUUCUAUAGAGAGUUCUAGCGAUUUCUAUAGUGAGGUUCACAAAAUUGAGAGUUCCAGUUCAGACUCUAUGGUCCAGGAUACCGUGAAGAAAGAUGACGAGGAAGAGACUAGCACGCGUGAAGUUCCAUUAGAUGUUGAUUCCUGUUUGACGGAAAAGAGCGACGAGAGCGUCCCGGCGACGCCGCCAAUUGACACCGACGAGAUUGAAGAAAUUGUCAAGAAGGACGAAGAGCAAGUUGAGAAUGAAGUGAGCGACCAGUCGGCGCCGACAGACGUCCAGUCGUCUUCUCCAGAAGCUGAAGAUCCUGAGAAGAUCGAAAACAUUGCUGGUAAAGGUGAAGAAAAGUCUGAAAAUGAUAUGAAAUCAGAGAAUACUCCGACUAAUCUUGAUGAUGACGAUGAUGGUGCUUUUGAUGGCGCUGUCAUUGUCGAUGCUACUGACACGACUACGACUACCACUGAUACCAACGCGACCACUGUGGAUACUACUGACAAGACUUCUAAUACCGAUUCAAACGUAGAAGUGACUAGCUCUAACGAAGCAGAGGAGGAAACGACGGAGAAGAAAGAAAAAGAAGAGGAGACAAAUAAAGAGGAAACAAAGGAAGAGAACAAAGAAGAAGCAACUCCAUCCGACGAUAUAAUAAGAAAUAAAUCAUCGAAUGAGAUCGAAAAGCUUCAACUUGACAACGACAAAGAUGUAAUUGACAGCGACACAUCAGAAGCUUAUUUGACACCCACGGAGAACCACGAGGGCUCGAGCGAGAGCAAGGAAACCGAAACAGAGAAAGAAGUGGAAGUGGAAAAGAUAGCAGAAGAGACAGAAACGAGCGAGAGCAAAGUUGAAAUACCGGAUGAGAAGAUGGCCGACGCUAAGAGCGAAGAAACGGAAGAUACCGCAGCGGAGGAAUGUGUAAAAAGUGUCAAUUGCUCAACUAGCGUAAUAGAAGAAAGCUCGGAUAUCGAUGGCUCGAAGAUGGUAGAGGUAGAGAUAGAGAAGGUCGAUGAACUCGAAUCGGAGGUGGUGGGUAGCGCGACGUUAAACAGCGGCGAAUGUGCUGCGGACUCUUUAGCAGAGGAAAAAAGUGCUGUUAUUAAUGGUAACGAUGAGAAGGUAAAUGAAAAACAUUCAGGGGAGCCGUCCAAUAUUUCUACUAGCGUAAGUGAUAAAUCAGACGUUCCAGUGAGAACGGACAAGGUAGAAAUAGAAGAUAGUGUUUGUAAUAAUAGCGAUGUUCAAAGUUCUGUAGAUAAUGUGACGCAAGUGCCAAAUCCUAAGCAGCAAAUUCCAACAAUAUCUACGGUCUGUGAUGCAACUCAAAGUUUACCCGAUGGUGUGCCUCAAAUCGUUAGUUCUAAUGUGGGUGCAAGAGCCAAUCCGAUAGUGAAUGACUUAGCUCCAGAUCACGCGGAUUCCCGUCGCAGAUCCAGUCUACCGAUUGUAUCAUCGGAAAGCGUCGCAGAAGGCAGUGGUGACGAACCUCCUUCACUGCCGGUUCCCUUACGUAAAACGUCGUCACCCCAGAAACGACCAAGGAGUGCCUCAACCUCCACACAAGUGGAUCCCAAUCAUUUUGAGUCAAAAAGAACGAAGCAAGGUAAUCCUUCCACGAGACCCAUGUUCAGUCCAGGACCUACCAGGCCACCCUUCAGGAUACCAGAAUUCAAAUGGUCUUACAUACAUCAAAGGCUACUUUCCGAUGUUCUAUUUUCCUUGGAAACAGACAUUCAAGUAUGGAGAAGUCAUACUACAAAAUCCGUACUGGACUUUGUGAACAGCAGUGAGAACGCAAUAUUCGUAGUGAACACUGUUCACUUGAUUUCCCAGUUAGCCGACAAUCUCAUAAUAGCCUGUGGUGGACUUCUACCAUUGUUAGCUUCAGCAACUUCGCCAAAUAGUGAACUAGACGUGAUCGAACCUACUCAGGGUAUGCCAAUCGAAGUGGCAGUUUCUUUCUUACAAAGACUAGUCAACAUGGCGGACGUACUUAUAUUCGCAAGCUCUUUAAACUUUGGCGAGCUUGAGGCUGAGAAGAAUAUGUCUAGCGGUGGGAUUUUACGGCAAUGCUUGCGUCUGGUCUGUACAUGUGCCGUUAGAAACUGCUUAGAGUGUAAAGAACGGGGCAGACCCUACAGCAUGUUAGGUCGACAGAUUGGUUCUAGUAAUAAAUCACAGCAUAUACAAUCUCUGAUACGUGGAGCACAAACGUCACCCAAGAAUAUCGUGGACAAUCUGGCAAAUCAAUUAAGUCCAGUUAAGGAUCCUGAAAAGUUGCUGCAGGACAUGGAUGUUAACCGACUUAGAGCUGUUAUAUACAGAGAUGUUGAAGAAACCAAGCAGGCCCAGUUUCUGUCCCUGGCUAUAGUUUACUUCAUCUCUGUACUAAUGGUCUCAAAAUAUCGGGAUAUCCUAGAGCCACCUAUUUCGCAGCGGCCACCAAGUCCUGUUCAAGCAGUUCAAACCAAUGGAUCACACAUAAGAUCUGGGAGCCCAUCAGGAGAUGGGAGUGGUGGUGGAGGAGGGCGGCCUCUGUUCCCACAGUGGUCUCACCACGUGUACCCUCAGUUCCUCCCGGGGUCUCACCCUAACGCCAAUGCCAAUGCCAAUGCCAAUGCCAACUACCACAUCAGCCAGCACCACCACCAGCACCCGCUACCGGCUGCCAGGCACUCUAAUCGCCAGCCUCCCUCCAGCUAUUAUCUCCCGAAUCACCACAGCAACCAUUAUAACCAUCACUCGAAUAAUUAUAACUACCAUCGUCACCAUCAUUAUCAUCAUCACAAUAACAACAACCAUCAUCAUACGCUUCAAAAGCAUAUCGAUCAGCCCCGAAAUCUCUAUCAUAGAAAUUCUGGUGUCGGUCUGCAAGGGAGUGGGGGUAUCAUGAAUCAGCCUGGUUCACAGGACGAUGGGGAAUACGAAGUUAUAAUUGUCGACGAGAAUAAUUCUUCUAUUUUGGCCGAUCAUGAUGUCACAUCAUCCGGUCCCCCUUCGACGAAGGGAGGUCAUAGUGGUGCACCUCGACCACGGACCAUUGUCGAGGGUUACACCUCAUCAGAACCUGCGCUUGGCUCGUCUACGAGGCCUGAACCACUGCCACGAAAUCAACAGAGUAAUGACUCCAGCGAGGAAACAGUGCAUCAGAGCAAUAUCACUGCUGACCCCAGUCCAUCCGAGGUCACCACAGACAACGAGAACAAACUUAACUCGUCCGAGGAAGCUUGGACUGACGUGAAUCUAAACGAAGAUGGCGACGCCGUUCCUGUAACGAAUCCUCGAGAGGAUCCUCGAAAUAUUCACAAUAUCGCUCAUACACAUGGUGAAAUUCCCGAUAACGAAGGAAAUGUUUUGGAUCAAGAGAUUCUUGGUAAUUCAGAACGCGGAGAAAAACCGCCCGCGGAAAUAUCUGUAGUAAGAGUACCGGAAAGGCUAGUCGUAACGGCUGCGUCACCACGACCUGAUGAUCUUCCCAUUAAAGGACUCGUUGAUCAUCUGCCGGUGCCAACACCGUCGCGCGAAGCGUCUCUAACUCAAAAACUGGAAAUGGCGUUGGGUUCUGUGUGUCCCCUGCUUCGAGAAAUUAUGGUGGACUUUGCGCCAUUCUUAUCGAAGACGCUUGUUGGUUCACACGGACAGGAAUUACUCAUGGAAGGUAAAGGUUUGACGACCUUCAAGAACAGCACUUCCGUAGUGGAGCUGGUGAUGCUCCUGUGUUCCCAGGAAUGGCAAAACUCCUUGCAAAAGCAUGCAGGACUGGCAUUUAUUGAAUUGAUCAAUGAAGGAAGAUUGCUGUCGCACGCAAUGAAGGACCACAUAGUGCGAGUGGCGAACGAGGCUGAGUUCAUUCUAAACAGGAUGCGUGCUGAUGAUGUUCUCAAGCAUGCAGACUUCGAGUCACAAUGUGCACAAACGUUGCUCGACCGUCGCGAAGAGGAGCGCAUGUGUGAUCAUCUGAUAACAGCUGCGCGCAGGCGCGACAACGUGAUUGCUAGUAGACUUUUGGAGAAAGUACGAAAUAUAUUGUCAAACAAACAUGGAGCAUGGGGUUACAUGGACCCAAUGGCUGCCAAAUUGGCAGAAUAUUGGAAGCUGGAUGCGUGGGAGGAUGAUGCUCGUAGACGGAAACGUUUCGUGCACAAUCCCCUGGGUUCCAGUCAUCCUGAAGCUACCUUAAAGGCAGCGCUUGAACACGGUGCACCUGAGGAUGCAAUUCUUCAAGCACGUGAAGAAUUCCAUGCUCAUCUGGCCGCUUCUCGGGCACAUCAACAGCAGCUCCAGUCGGCUGAUCUUAUGGAUGACAGCGAGUUACUCUCCGAUGACAGAGAUCUCGACAUUGAUCUUACUGGUCCUGUAAAUAUUAGUACAAAGGGAAAGCUGAUCGCUCCUGGUAUCGUCGCGCCUGGUAUCAUCUCUGUGACGUCAACUGAACUCUACUUCGAGGUCGACGAAGACGACGAGGAAUUCAAGAAGGUCGACGCUGAGGUACUCAAGUAUUGCGAUCAUCUUCACGGGAAGUGGUACUUCUCCGAAGUCCGAGCCAUAUUCUCCAGGCGAUAUUUAUUGCAGAAUGUCGCCAUCGAGAUCUUCCUCGCCAGCAGAACCUCCAUCCUCUUCGCGUUCCCGGACCAGGCGACGGUGAAAAAGGUGAUCAAGGCACUGCCGCGCGUCGGCGUUGGCAUCAAAUACGGGAUUCCCCAGACUAGAAGAGCAUCGAUGAUGUCUCCGCGUCAACUGAUGCGAAGUUCAAACAUGACGCAAAAGUGGCAACGACGUGAAAUCUCGAACUUCGAGUACCUCAUGUUCCUGAAUACAAUAGCCGGACGUACUUACAACGACUUGAAUCAGUAUCCGGUGUUCCCUUGGGUACUUACCAACUACGAGACCAAGGAACUCGAUCUUAGUCUGCCAAGCAAUUACAGAGACCUGUCCAAGCCAAUAGGCGCUCUUAAUCCGAGUCGAAGGGCGUAUUUCGAAGAACGUUUUCAGACCUGGGAACAUGACAGCAUUCCGCCAUUCCAUUAUGGGACCCAUUACUCCACUGCUGCGUUCGUUUUGAAUUGGCUGAUUCGCGUGGAACCUAUGACCACGAUGUUCCUGGCGCUUCAGGGUGGCAAGUUCGAUCAUCCAAACAGACUCUUUUCCUCCUUGGCACUUUCCUGGAAGAAUUGUCAGCGCGACACUUCGGACGUGAAGGAACUCAUCCCGGAAUUCUUCUUCCUGCCGGAAAUGCUAGUGAACACCAACCGCUACCGCUUAGGUAGGCAAGAAGAUGGCAGCGCCGUAGGUGACGUAGAGCUACCACCGUGGGCAUCGUCUCCUGAAGAAUUUAUACGAAUCAAUAGAAUGGCUCUGGAGUCUGAAUUUGUCUCCUGUCAGUUACAUCAAUGGAUCGACCUGAUCUUCGGUUAUAAACAAAGAGGUCCGGAAGCUGUACGAGCUACGAACGUCUUCUAUUAUCUUACUUACGAAGGAAGCGUGGAAUUGGAUUCUAUUACGGAUCCUGUGAUGAAGGAAGCAAUUGAAAAUCAAAUACGCAAUUUCGGGCAGACGCCUUCACAGCUUCUGAUGGAGCCUCAUCCUCCAAGAAGCUCGGCGAUGCAUCUGUCUCCAAUGAUGUUCUCAAGCAUUCCCGAUGACGUGUGCAUGACGAUUAAGUUCCCAUCGAAUUCACCAAUUUGUCAUAUUUCGGCUAAUACUUAUCCCCAACUACCAUUGCCUUCGGUUGUCACUGUCACGACUGGUCAGCAAUUUGCUGUCAAUCGAUGGAAUACCAAUUAUGCGGCAUCAGUACAAUCGCCCAGCUAUGCAGACACACCUCAGACACAGUCUGUCAAUCAGCCACUGUCAAUGGAUCCUGUACUAUCUCAAACAGCCAACAGCUCGAAUCCAACACUGCGCAGACAUUUAGGUGACAAUUUCAGUCAGAAAUUGAAAAUUCGCAGCAACUGUUUUGUCACUACAGUGGACAGUCGUUUCCUGGUAGCUUGCGGAUUCUGGGACAACAGUUUCCGGGUGUUCUCAACGGAAACAGCAAAAAUAGUACAGAUCGUCUUUGGCCACUACGGAGUUGUAACGUGCUUGUCACGAAGUGAAUGCAACAUCACUUCCGAUUGUUAUAUCGCUUCCGGAAGUGCGGAUUGCACAGUCCUACUGUGGCACUGGAACGCGAGGACCCAGACCAUCGUCGGUGAGGGUGAAGCACCAGCACCUCGUGCGACUCUUACAGGUCACGAGCAACCAGUUACCACAGUUGUCAUUUCUGCUGAACUUGGACUCGUCGUUUCCGGUUCUUACUACGGUCCAGUUUUGGUCCACACGACUUUCGGUGACUUGCUGAGAUCUCUCGAAGCACCUAGUGGAUUCUCGUCGCCGGAAAAUAUUGCCAUGUCCCGCGAAGGGGUGAUCGUAGUUAAUUACGAACGCGGACACAUCGCUGCAUUUACUAUAAAUGGAAAACGCUUACGUCACGAGUCUCACAAUGAUAAUCUUCAAUGCUUACUGUUGAGCAGAGACGGCGAGUACUUGAUGACAGGCGGAGACAAAGGAAUAGUCGAGGUCUGGCGAACAUUCAAUUUGGCCUUGCUUUAUGCAUUCCCUGCCUGUGAGAGCAGCGUGCGCUCUCUGGCGUUAUCUCACGAUCAAAAGUUUCUCCUUGCUGGAUUGGCCAAUGGUUCCAUGGUAAUAUUCCAUAUUGACUUUAAUCGAUGGCAUCACGAAUUUCAACAGCGCUAUUGAAACUACGACUAUCGUCUCGUCCGGUAAUGCAUCAGGCACUCUAGGAUCAUCCCCUCGAGAUCCACGUGAGAGAACAAUAAACUGAAUACGGUACAUCCUGCAAGAGCCUUAAGAGAAUGCAGUGCUUCCCCAAAGGAAAGCUGAUGAAUUAACGUUACGGGAUCGUAAUAUAAUAAAAGAAAUAAAAAAUAUUCGUGUGACCGACCGUUGCCGAAGAUCUCGUACCGACUGUAUCACCGGUCGGUAAUGUCGGUCCGAACAGAUCGUCGCCAUUACGUGUUAAUUAGGAUGAAUUUUAUGGGCAUUUAUGGUACUCAAUUACUAAAUAAUUGUCAAAGUUAUGUCGAGGUAUACCGGAAAUUGGAAAUGAGAGUGUGUACGUGUAACUGUGUGCGUGAAUUAUUAUUUUGCAAGGGCAAACAAAAAACUAUAAAAUUCACGUUCCUCAAGGACGUGAAUUUUGCACAGUACUUAAAUUAGGCAGAACCUAAAAAAGAACUGGUGCGAGUAUAUUAUUCGGCCAUGAUCUCCCGAUACUGGUAUUACAAUAGAUUACGAGUCACGCUCGUACGACGAUAAGUCAUCAUUUGGUGACUGUCAUAAUAAUAAUAAUGCGUCCGGUCGUAUUUGCUUGUUCGAUGCCGAUGCAAUGCGCUUUGAAAUUCAUAAGCAAAUUGCUGAGCGAUAAAACAAGCGACGGACUCACUGGGAUUUGAUGUCUUCGAAUUUUUCUGAGAAGCAAGCAAAUCGAAGUGAAAGAAGAAAAAUGAAGAUAAAAAUAAUAACAAUAUCGUUAGUAGCGAGUACAGGCUUAAAUAUGUAACAAGUAAACACAACGCUAGUCAAUUAUGGAGACUUGGAUCUAUCUACGUUGCGAAUUUUAAAAGGCUUGCAAUUACAUACGAGGAAUAAGACGACGAUAAAGAUUAAGGCACAGGAGGAAGAAAGGUAUCAGCGAGAAUUGAGAGGGAUGCUGGGAUUGAGAUACGAUACGGCCAGGAGAAGGAGGAAGAUAAAAAAUUGAAAAACAGAAACGAUAAUCGUAAAGAAAAGAGAUAAAAAAUAAAAAAAAGUCGCAAAGAGAUGCCAAACUGUGCGUAACUUAUUUUUAUUCAUCGACGAACGUGGGUUUGGCGAAUAUUUGUGUUAGCGUGUUCUGUGUAAAUACGAUAAUCUUCUAUGUUGUACAAUAUUACAUACAUUAAUCAUUACCUUCGUGAAUAUAACCGUGCGUUUACCGUAUUGCACUACUUCUGCGCCGAUUAAUUACUAUAUAUACAUACUAUAUUAUCAUAUAUAUGUAUUUACCGCUCGUUACAAUUUCUCACUAUGAACACUAAUUGUAGACUUCAGUUUUGAUCACGGCCGGUGACGUCAUUACGUAACCGGACACUUGUAACGCGACUUUGUAAAAUUCUCUGAUACACCCGUCACUAAGUCCCCGCAGCCCUUAAACUUCGCGUCCUUUAAAAAGAUCCUAAUUUCAUCAAAGCCGUCCAGCUUAACUUUGUGAGGAUAUUACUUAAUAUUUUCGCAUGCGAGAUAUAAUAAUCGGAUUAAAAAAGAAAAAAUUAAAAAAAUGUUAGCGAGCGAAAGACGCCCGAGUGAGAAUGUUGGAGAAAUUGGAAAAAGAGAGUGAGAGAACGAAAGAGUGAGAGAAAAGUAAAUCUAAGUAUAAUGAAACAAAGAAUUAAGUAAACCAAUUAGGAUGGCAUCGUGAAUUUAAUCGUUGAUUCUCUGUGAGUCUGUAGAAAAAUAUUCAGUGGGGUUGCAAAUGACGCGAGAGUGUGAUGGCGAAUAAAUGUGCAAUAAUGAAUGAAAAAGAUUUCAUUAUAGCAGCGAAAAGUUAAUAAAAAUAAAUAAUCGAUUGCGUUUAAAGUUUCGUUAUAACAAUCAAGACGGAUUUGAAUUGGUAUCAAUCUUUUGUACGGUGUUAUAAUUGAUGAUUUAUCAUUGACUGUAACGAAAUUGAUCAAUUCAAUUUUUUUUUUACGUAUUAUAUGAUUGGUACUUUUGCAUAAUUUGAAAUCAAUUGUAUCUCAAGUAUCAAUAACUCCAUGGAAAUUAUUCAUAGCAAUUGUUGAUCUACUUGCUGAGUUUUUCUUUAAAAAAAUUGAUUUCACGUGAAUUGGACGAAUUAGAGUGGGCACGUGUGGGAAUGAGAGAAUGUAAAGGAAUGAGCGAAUGUGCGGUGGACACGUGUACGAGUAAUUAGAAUAGGCGAAAAAAGAUAUUAAACAAAAAUUUGAAAAAGUUGGAGCCAUAAGUACGUGUCAAUGAUGCGUUACAGUUAGCGCUAUUUAGUGUAUUGUGUAAAACGCUGCGUAAAUUUGUAACUACAACGUUAAUCGAUUUUCAACAAAAGUCAUAAACGAAAUUUAGAUAUUUGUAUUGAGACUCGCGCGGCUGCAUUUCAGGAAUUAAAGUGCAUAAAUGAAAUUACGGGAAAAUAAAAAAAAAAUCGAUAGUCACAGCUGUAACCAUUAAUUGACCGUUCUUAACUCUUGCGCGCACAAGAUUGGUGCACCUAGUCAAGGUUCUGCGAAUCGUGUUAAAAAAAAAACAUAUUCGUAGUCUAACUCUGUUGCGGACACAGUUACAUAAAUACACCCAUUAUUACAUAUAGGGUAACUGCAUGGAGUCAUCAUUUUCAAAUCUGAGCUUGCGAAUCACAAUGAAACUCAAUUAAUCUGCACCGCUAUUCGAAUUAAAUCAUGUUUUCUUGGCGCAUGUUAUUUAUCAAUUUAUAUGCAUAACAUAGAAAAUUGUGCAGUGUGAAUUAUGUAAGAGGCUAUUGAUAGUAAGGACGCAUGCGUAAUGUCCGAUGAUGUCCGAUGUCCAUUCGAUGGAAAAAAUGUUUCUGGUAAAAAAAAAACCAAAAAAAUAAAAUCGUGUGAAAGUAUAAAAGAGAGUGAAGAGUGUCAAGAAGAUAAAAAUAUGGAAGGGGAUAAAUUUAAAAAAAAAGGGAUAAAUGUGCAAAUGUAAAUUUGCAAAUAAGAAUGUGUGAGAACGGUGCCUGUUACUCCCACAGUAAUUUUUCUUUGCAAAUGUAAAGUUGUCUCAUUAUUAAUAUAUGUAAUGUGUGUACUUACCGUGUACUUGCUGUACAGAUGCGCCGUAUCGUUAUUUUAUUUUCGCAACAAUGAUUAAAAAAAAAGUGUUAACGAUAAGGAAGCGAGAUAAAGAAGAAAAUGAACAGAAUGACAAAAAAAAAACGAAAUUUCUUGGGAAAAAGCAUUCAAUCAGGUGAUUCUUCGUGGAGGCGGAUGACGGCGAUAUGGGCUUCGUUAAAAAUGAAAAAUACUUAGAAAAAAAAUUGAAGAGCAAAGCGGAACGUAUUACGUCAUCCGGGAAACGUAAUCGUAAUCGCGUGCGCGCAUGCGCACUACUUUGAAUUGGCGCCAAGCAGUGAACGCCUGCCAGAGUUUUUAUAUAUGUUUAUAGAUGUGAAUGCUGCGUUUUCAAGCAAGUUGUUAGUGAAUUCCCUCCAUAUUGCUAAAAAAAAAAGAAGUUAAAUCAAUUUCUGUCCGAACUUUAAAACUUCAGUAUAAAGUAAUGCUACUAUUUUAAAUAACGCUAAGUACAACGCUACGAGAGUUUGCCUAUAUUAUUACUACAAUUUAAUUAUAAUAUAAAUAAUACAAUUACGAAAACCAUAGAUUUGUAUAUUCGAUGAGUAAGCACAUCAAUGUUUACGUGUGAAGUAACUUUACUUACCCGCAAUUACAAUAAACGCGAAAAUAAACUGUGUAAAGUUUCAUCCGAUUUGUUGAAACACGAAUGAAAAUCUGCCCAUUGUGAGUAACGCCUAGGUUUACACUGACGGAUACAUCUAAUGUUUAUAAGCGUAUAAAAUUAUGGGAAAAUAAAAUACACGGAAAUAAAGUGCUAAAAAUAAUAUUACUCUACACUUAAGCGCUUACUUGAUAUAAUAAAUAGACUCGUCUGAUUUUGGGGGCAGGGCAGCUGGUUCAUUCGAUUGCAUAAAUAAAGGUGACACUGGAACUGAUUGUAAAUUUCGAAGCAGAGAGCGACACGAACCAAACCUAACCUAACCUAACCUAACGUAAAUCCGAAUAUUGGCGUUAUUAUUGAAUCCCUUUAAAGUUAUGAAUCAAGACAAGCUUAUGAAAAUCAAACGAAGGAGACAUCACGGAAAGAAUUAUUAUUGAAUAUUCUUUAAAUUAUUAUCUGUCGCUCGUGUGUACUGGUCUUUGGGUUUUAUGUCACUGUAUGAAAUUAAAAUGGACUGCAAAGUCGUAUGAAUCUCUCGUGAAGAUUCCGACUACCAAAAAGAAAACUGAAACUGAGAAAACUUUUAGAAAAUUGCGCAAAUACUGUCGAGCAACUGAAAUUCAAAAUGGCCUAAUUUUAAAUUAACAAUAACCGCGAUGGACUUUUGCACGUGGAAUUACUUCGGGAAUGCAAUUUGUAUGUCGAUGCAUCGUGGGGUUUUUAACUCCGUAGAGUUACGGUGAUUUUGUUGGAAAGUAUUCAGGAGAGAUUACCACAGAUGGCAGUCAUGGACCGGUGUAAAGCAGGUUUUCAGAUCAAUAAUUAAAGUUCCCGUCACUUUUAUCGAAGUACUACCAGAUAGAAGUACUUAAGUCGUUGCUAUUUAACAACAUAAGCUCUAUUGCUUAUUUUAUACUUAGAAUUAUCGUAAAAAUUUUGAAUAGGCAUAACGUAAUGGGAAAAUUGUAUCCUAGGAUAAGGGUAGAUUAAUAAUGUAAAAAUAAGUAGUAAAAUAAAUGAAAAGUACAUUUGAAUUUCAA